GCAGUUUCCAUGGGGACUGAAGAUGGCGCCGCGAGGUGAGAUUUCCGAGGUAAACGGCUGUCCUCCACCCCACUGGAAAUCCUGUUCUUUCUGAACGGGUGGUAUUAUGCUACCUAUUUUCUGCUGGAACUCUUCAUAUUUCUGUACAAAGCUCUCCUGCUACCAUAUCCAACAGCCAACCUAGUACUCGAUGUGGUGAUGCUUCUCCUUUACCUUGGAGUUGAAGUAAUUCGACUGUUUUUUGGUACAAAGGGAAACCUCUGCCAACGAAAGAUGCCACUUGGUAUUAGUGUGGCCUUGACCUUCCCAUCUGCCAUGAUGGCCUCCUAUUACCUGCUGCUGCAGACCUACGUGCUCCGCCUGGAAGCCAUCAUGAACAGCAUCUUGCUCUUCUUCUGUGGUUCAGAGCUGCUGCUUGAGGUGCUCACCCUGACGGCUUUCUCCAGUAUGGACAGGAUUUGAAGUGCAGACAUUUCAGCCAGCAGCCCUCAAGGGCUGAGACCACAGGUUCUUCUGGUAUUUAGCCACACCAGUGAGAACUGGGUCAAGUUGUACUGGGAAGGGUCGCAGCUCUUCCUCAGUACAGACAUUCGAGCAUGAAGCCACUGGGCAUCAUCUUCUAAACCAGGACCAUCAGCCUAAGAAACUGUGCUACACUCCAGCGUAGGGAGGGGCGAGGCUGUCCCAUCCUGGCCCGGCUCAGAGCCAGCUCCCUGCUGAGCUCUGGUUCUCUUUGAUCCUCAUGGCCAGAGCAUCUUGUGUGGCCCACGUGGGCUCCUUGGGCUUCCAGCAGGACCGGAGCCACAUACUCCCCAUGAGCACAGAGAACCUUGGGACGGUCUGCUCCCAGGGUGACGCGCAAGCCUCUCACGUCCUUCCCCAGAGACUGAGCUCCAGAAUUUUUUUAGUGGCUCAUAGUGUUAUUUUUCUACUCUCAUCAUGAUACAAACAUUAUUUUGUAAUAAACGUAUAUUUUCUGUCAUGGGA